AUGUCAAGAAGACAGUACACCCAUGAGUCAAACCACACGACAAGCACGCGAGAUUCUCACAGGAGUGCUGAGUCACACGACUCCCGGAGUACGGCGCUGAGCUCGCUCUAUGACAGCCCAAGUUCCACGAAGGCGUCCAGUUCCAAGGCCCCCAAGUACUUUCCUGACCGGUACGAUGUGGAUCUAUCCCCGUCGACAAGUCUGUAUCCGAGAUCCUCAGUUGAGACGUACUCUUCACGCGUUUCCGCCGAGGAGUUCGAGGACCCACACAUGAAUGACAUGGUGGAUGAGACGGAGGAGGUUCCCACUUUGCCAGUGUAUCGACAUGAGAUAGCCGACGCCAACGUGCGGCCGUCGUCACCAGACGACUUUGCCUCUCUCUUCCCCAGCCUGAAUCGACUGUCGAUCAGGCAUGACGACUUCACACCAGAUGGCAACAUGAACCUGCGAGUUGACACGGUGGUGUCAGGCCGCAGGAGGAGGACCGUCCAGUUGUUCCACCUGCGCAUGUACGACCUCAACAAGCGCGAGUUUUCCCUUCGGAGAUACUGCCGAGAUUCUGGCCGGGAGGUCUGCAACUCGAAACGCAAGUAUAACGAUCCAACGACCCAAAGCCGCCCCAGCUUGCAACGCUCAAUGUCGAACGCCAUGAAGUCACUUGGACGGCCGCAGCUCAAACGGACGGCUACAGGCAGCUCCGUGUUCUCCACCAGAAGCCGGCCAGGCACAAGCUACUCUACCGCGGAUGCCGAUGAUGAGUUCAACGAGGCCUUCAGCCACGCCGUCUCCCUUGACAGUAUGCCAAAGGCACGUCAGGUCGCAACCAACAGCAUCAAGCUAGAGUUCUCAAACUAUGCCCGGGUUGACGUUCAACGUCGUGGCCACAAGACCUCGAAGCGCUACGAAUUCGACUGGUGGGGUCAUACCUACAUCUGGAAGAGAGUCACGGACAAGUUGACGGGUGUUGUAUCUUUCCACCUCUUUCGGGAUGGUAGCCACUCUGCACCCAUCGCCCACAUCGUGCCUGAGACCCGGUCACCGAACCAGGUGGCGGCAGACAACCACGCCGGCGGAUGGAUCCCUCCUUGUCACAUGUGGUUGACAGAUAAGAACCUUGUCAAUGCCGUGACUGACGUUGCUGAUGUCGUCGUCGCAACUGGGCUCAUGGCGCUCGUUGAUGACUGCAUCAAAGGGCGCUGGGGAACCAAGCGACCCCACCGCAUCGGCCUCCCCAUCAGAUCCAAAACCACGGACGACUUCGAGCAAGUCGCUCCGAAGGGGCUUGUGCAACGCAUAUUCUCCCGUCGAUAUUCGGAGCAUCACCCAAGUCCUCCCCGAAACAUCCACCAACACCAUCCAGUGCAAGCCUACUAG